GCUCGGAAUAUUAAGACUUUGAAUAGUAAGAAAGUCCAAACGAAACCAUGGCUUCCCUAUGCCCACCUUAUUUCCCCACUGAGCUGGCCACUAAACUCGCCAAAUAUCUAGACGCUUACACCCUACUACACGUCUCUAAAGUCUGCCACUCCUGGCGCGAUGUCUCCCUCCCCCUCCUCGACAAAGUGCAUCUCGAAGACACUCUAUCUGCCUUCGGAACCGCCGUCGACGACGCCAACCAUGACGCCCUCAUCUACUUCGCCUCCCGCAUCCAGCGGAACAAGAGAACAGGUUUUCCAACCGGGUGUCUAGCCCUAACACUCGCAUGCACAACCACCUGUACCACAGCAGUGCGCAUCCUUAUCCCCUACACCAGCAUGCCCCCCAAACACCCAGGGUCCAAACUAGACCUCGACGCAUGGGACAAGCCUCUAUUCGAAGCCAUGCGCCAGCAAGACCCAGGCGUUCUAGAAGUCCUUCUAGACAACGGAGCGCCGCGAGACAAAAUCUACACUUGCGGACUAAGCCUAGAAGACAGCGUCUCGUUAUGGGGUGAGAGUCCAACGCCGGAAUCACCAAAGGCCUUCCUGCAUGCGGCGGUGUUUCGCAAGUUUCCGGCUGCUGUUAGGUAUAUUUUAAACAAGGUUCGUGACUACCCGCCGACGCUUGAUGCUGUGCUGAACGAGGCUCAUCACGGCGAUCGGCCGCUUUGUUCUGCUGCGGCAAGGGGAUAUACUGAUAUCCUUCGGAUUCUGCUCGAUUAUAAAGCUAUUGUCAACACAGACAGGAAUGCCAGGACGACGCCGCUGGGUAACGCCGCCGCUGCGGGGCGGGAGGAAAUUGCCAGGAUACUGCUUGACCACGGGGCUGAUACGGAGCUUUGCGGUAAAAGUGGGCAGACGCCUUUAUUCAGCGCUGCGUAUAAUCCUAUCCUAGAGAAAGAACAUGCUGGUGUUGUCCGGCUGCUGCUGGGGAGGGGGGCGAAAACUGAAGCUGUUGACAAGCAUGGCGAUACACCGUUGCUGUGGGCUGUGAAGCAUGGGUGUGAAGAGUCUGUCAGGAUGCUCUUGGAGCAUGGUGCGAAUGUCAACCACCAGGAUAAAGGGGGUAUCACGCCACUUAUGGCUGCUACCUGCUCGGAAGAGAAUAUGCCCAGUAUAGUGCAGUUGCUGGAGGACUAUAAUGCGGAAUUAGGCCCAUGGUAA